AGGGUAUGUAUGUCUAGUCUCCCUUGCCUCCCAGGGCAGAGGGAACGGGCUUCCACUGUGUCUGUCACUGAGUGAUACUCUGAGUGGCUCUCCACUGAGGGUCGUCUUUGCCUUGCCCAGCUGCCUGUGAUGCUGCUGUCCCCCGUCGCCCCGUGGCCCCACAAUGACCCACAGCCCCGCGACAAGCGAGGACGAGGAACGCCACAGUGCCAGCGAGUGUCCCGAGGGGGCCUCAGAAUCCGACAGCUCCCCAGACGGGCCAGGGAGAGGCCCCCAGGGGACUCGGGGCCGGGGCAGUGGAGCACCUGGUAACCUGGCCUCUACCCGAGGCCUCCAGGGACGCUCCAUGUCUGUCCCUGACGACGCCCACUUCAGCAUGAUGGUUUUCAGGAUUGGCAUCCCGGACUUGCACCAGACGAAAUGCCUGCGCUUCAACCCCGACGCCACCAUCUGGACAGCCAAACAGCAAGUGCUCUGUGCCCUGAGUGAAAGUCUGCAGGACGUGCUGAACUAUGGACUGUUCCAGCCGGCCACCUCAGGCCGGGAUGCCAACUUCCUGGAAGAGGAGAGGCUGCUGAGAGAGUACCCCCAGUCCUUUGAGAAGGGGGUACCCUACCUGGAGUUCCGCUACAAGACACGAGUCUACAAACAGACCAACCUAGAUGAGAAACAGCUGGCCAAAUUGCACACAAAGACGGGGUUGAAGAAGUUCCUGGAAUAUGUGCAGCUUGGGACGUCUGACAAGGUGGCGAGGCUGCUGGACAAGGGGCUGGACCCCAAUUACCAUGACUCAGAUUCAGGAGAGACACCUUUGACCCUGGCGGCCCAGACGGAAGGCUCAGUAGAGGUGAUUCGAACGCUGUGCCUGGGUGGGGCUCACAUAGACUUCAGAGCCCGGGAUGGCAUGACAGCGCUGCACAAGGCUGCCUGUGCUCGGCACUGCCUGGCACUCACGGCACUUCUGGACCUUGGGGGCUCCCCCAACUACAAGGACCGCCGAGGGCUGACCCCCCUGUUCCACACAGCUAUGGUGGGGGGUGACCCCCGCUGCUGCGAGCUACUUCUGUACAACAGGGCCCAGCUGGGCAUUGCGGAUGAGAACGGCUGGCAGGAAAUCCACCAGGCCUGCCAACGGGGCCACUCUCAGCACCUGGAACACCUGCUCUUCUAUGGGGCUGAACCUGGAGCCCAGAAUGCCUCAGGAAACACAGCCCUGCACAUCUGUGCUCUCUACAACAAGGAGACCUGUGCCAGGAUCCUCCUCUAUCGUGGAGCAAACAAGGAUGUGAAAAAUAAUAACGGACAGACACCCUUCCAGGUGGCUGUGAUUGCUGGGAAUUUUGAGUUGGGGGAACUGAUCCGUAACCACCGGGAACAGGAUGUGGUGCCCUUCCAGGAGUCCCCCAAGUAUGCAGCCCGCCGUCGGGGACCCCCGGGUGCAGGGCUGACUGUACCCCCAGCACUGCUGAGAGCUAACAGCGACACAAGCAUGGCGCUGCCUGAUUGGAUGGUGUUUUCGGCCCCAGGGGCCUCAGCAUCUGGGACCCCUGGCCCUACCUCAGGACCCCAGGGCCAGUCACAGCCCUCGGCCCCCAGCACUAAGCUCAGUAGUGGGACCCUCCGAAGCGCCAGCAGCCCCCGAGGUGCCCGGGCACGCUCCCCAUCCCGAGGGAGACAUCCUGAAGAUACCAAGAGACAGCCUCGAGGCCGCCCCAGCUCCAGCGGGACACCCCGAGAAGGGCCGGCUGGGGGAACUGGGGGCUCUGGGGGCCCUGGGGGCUCCCUGGGCAGCAGAGGCAGACGUAGGAAGCUCUAUUCAGCGGUACCCGGACGCUCCUUCAUGGCGGUGAAGUCAUACCAGGCUCAAGGAGAAGGGGAGAUCUCUCUGAGUAAAGGCGAAAAGAUCAAAGUGCUCAGCAUCGGGGAAGGAGGCUUCUGGGAAGGCCAGGUCAAAGGUCGAGUUGGCUGGUUCCCCUCUGACUGUCUAGAAGAGGUGGCAAAUCGCUCCCAGGAAGGAAGACAAGAAAGCCGAAGUGACAAGGCAAAGAGACUCUUCAGGCAUUACACAGUGGGCUCCUACGACAGCUUCGAUGCCCCAAGUGAUUACAUCAUCAAGGAGAAGACAGUCUUACUGCAGAAGAAGGACAGUGAGGGGUUCGGGUUCGUGCUACGGGGGGCCAAGGCGCAGACCCCCAUCGAGGAAUUCACCCCCACCCCGGCCUUCCCGGCGCUGCAGUACCUCGAGUCUGUGGACGAGGGUGGCGUGGCAUGGCGGGCUGGACUACGGAUGGGAGACUUCCUCAUCGAGGUGAAUGGACAGAACGUAGUGAAGGUUGGCCACCGUCAGGUAGUCAACAUGAUCCGCCAGGGAGGCAACACGCUGAUGGUCAAGGUGGUAAUGGUGACCAGACACCCAGACAUGGACGAGGCUGUCCACAAGAAAGCAUCCCAGCAGGCUAAGCGGCUCCCGCCCCCAGCCAUCUCCCUGCGUUCCAAGUCUAUGACCUCAGAGCUGGAGGAAAUGGAAUAUGAACAACAGCCAGCACCAGUGCCCAGCAUGGAGAAAAAACGGACCGUGUAUCAGAUGGCACUCAACAAACUGGAUGAGAUCUUGGCCGCUGCUCAGCAGACCAUCAGUGCAAGCGAGAGUCCUGGGCCUGGUGGCCUUGCGUCCCUGGGAAAGCACCGGCCCAAAGGGUUCUUUGCCACUGAGUCGAGCUUUGAUCCCCACCACCGCUCCCAGCCGAGUUAUGACCGGCCUUCCUUCCUGCCUCCCGGACCUGGCCUUAUGCUCCGGCAGAAAUCCAUUGGGGCUGCAGAAGAUGACAGACCCUACCUAGCACCCCCAGCCAUGAAAUUCAGCCGUAGUCUGUCAGUCCCCGGUUCAGAGGACAUACCCCCCCCACCCACUACAUCCCCACCAGAGCCUCCCUACAGCACACCUCCAGCCCCCUCCUCUUCCGGCCGCCUCACUCCGUCCCCUCGGGGAGGCCCCUUUAACCCCGGUUCUGGGGGUCCCCUUCCUGCCUCCUCCCCUUCAUCUUUCGAUGGGCCAUCUCCUCCUGACACCCGCGCUGGGGGCCGAGAGAAGAGCCUGUAUCACAGUGGAGCCCUCCCCCCUGCCCACCACCAUCCACCUCACCAUCACCAUCAUCACGUCCCACCUCCGCAGCCCCACCAUCACCAUGCACACCCUCCUCACCCACCGGAGAUGGAGACAGGAGGUUCUCCCGACGAUCCCCCACCUCGAUUGGCCCUGGGACCCCAGCCCAGCCUUCGAGGCUGGAGGGGCGGAGGACCCAGCCCGACCUCGGGGGCCCCAUCACCUUCCCACCACAGCAGUAGCGGAGGCAGCAGCGGCCCCACUCAGGCUCCCGCCCUGCGCUACUUCCAGCUGCCCCCCAGGGCGGCCAGUGCAGCUAUGUAUGUGCCUGCCCGCACGGGCCGCGGUCGCAAGGGCCCAUUGGUCAAGCAGACCAAAGUGGAAGGCGAGCCCCAGAAGGGCAGCCUCGCUCCCGCGUCCUCCCCAACAUCCCCAGCGUUGCCACGGCCUGAACCACCUCCGGCCGGGCCAUCGGAGAAAAAUUCCAUCCCCAUCCCUACAAUCAUCAUCAAAGCCCCAUCCACCAGUAGCAGCGGGCGCAGCAGCCAGGGGAGCAGCACAGAGGCUGAGCCCCCCACCCAGCCCGACGGCGCGGGCGGCGGUGGAUCCUCGCCCAGCCCUGCGCCUGCCACGUCCCCGGUGCCGCCGUCUCCGUCGCCCGUGCCCACCCCUGGGUCGCCCAGCGGCCCAGCAACCCUGGACUUCACCAGCCAGUUUGGAGCAGCCCUGGUGGGCGCGGCACGGAGGGAGGGAGGCUGGCAGAACGAAGCCCGGCGGCGGUCCACGCUGUUCCUGUCCACCGAUGCGGGAGAUGAGGAUGGAGGCGACAGCGGGCUGGGCCCGGGGGCUCCCCCAGGUCCCCGGCUGCGCCACUCCAAAUCCAUUGAUGAAGGCAUGUUCUCCGCCGAGCCGUACCUCCGGCUAGAGUCAGGGGGCAGCAGCGGGGGCUAUGGGGCCUACGCAGCCGGCAGUCGAGCCUACGGGGGCAGUGGGAGCAGCAGCGCCUUCACCAGCUUCCUCCCCCCGCGGCCUCUGGUGCAUCCGCUGACUGGCAAGGCCUUAGAUCCCGCCUCUCCGCUGGGGCUGGCCUUGGCCGCCCGGGAGCGGGCCUUGAAAGAGUCCUCGGACGGUGGGGGCACCCCUCAGCCGCCUCCGAGACCCCCGUCGCCACGCUACGAUGCCCCGCCGCCCACCCUCCACCACCACUCGCCUCAUUCACCCCAUUCGCCACAUGCACGUCACGAGCCAGUGUUGCGCCUGUGGGGGGACCCCGCGCGCCGGGAGCUAGGGUACCGGGCAGGUCUAGGGAGUCAGGAGAAGGCCCUUCCCGCCAGUCCACCUGCAGCUCGCCGCUCCCUACUGCACCGUCUGCCCCCGUCAGCUCCAGGGGUCGGGCCGCUCCUGCUGCAGCUGGGGCCGGAACCCCCAACUCCCCUUCCUGGGGUGAGCAAGGCCUGGCGCACUGCGGCCACGGAGGAGCCUGAGCGGCUGCCUCUGCAUGUGCGCUUCCUUGAGAAUUGCCAGGCCCGGCCUCCCCCAGCGGGCACGAGAAGGUCCUCCACUGAAGACGGGCCCGGGGUCCCACCUCCCAGCCCUCGCAGGGUCUUGCCAGCCUCUCCCACCUCUCCGCGGGGCAGUGAGGAGAACGGCCUUCCGCUGCUGGUCCUGCCGCCGCCAGCCCCUUCCGUGGAUGUGGACGACGGCGAAUUCCUCUUCGCGGAGCCGCUGCCUCCACCCCUGGAGUUUUCCAACAGUUUCGAAAAGCCAGAGUCGCCCCUCACGCCCGGGCCUCCCCACCCGCUGCCCGACCCGCCCUCCCCAGCUACCCCUCUACCUGCAGCCCCACCCCCGGCUGUGGCCGCAGCCCCUCCCACCCUGGACUCCACCGCGUCUAGCCUGACCUCUUACGACAGCGAAGUGGCCACGCUGACCCAGGGGGCUCCCGCGGCUCCCGGGGAUACUCCUGCUCCAGGCCCGCCAGCUCCAGCAGCCCCAGCUCCCCCAGCCCCGCAGCCAGGCCCUGAUCCUCCACCUGGCACGGAUUCUGGAAUUGAGGAGGUGGACAGUCGGAGCAGCAGCGAUCACCCGCUGGAGACCAUCAGCAGCGCGUCCACACUCAGCAGUUUGUCUGCCGAAGGAGGAGGCAACACGGGGGGCGUGGCUGGGAGCGGGGCCGGGGUGGCCAGUGGGACUGAGCUCCUGGACACCUACGUAGCCUACCUGGAUGGCCAGGCCUUCGGGGGCAGUGGGACUCCUGGCCCACCAUACCCCCCACAGCUCAUGACUCCCUCCAAGCUCCGGGGCCGGGCGCUUGGGGCUGGUGGAAAUUUGAGACCUGGUCCCAGUGGGGGACUCCGAGAUCCUGUCACCCCCACCAGCCCCACGGUCUCUGUGACCGGAGCUGGAACAGAUGGGCUUCUGGCCUUGAGUGCUUGCUCAGGACCCUCGACGGCAGGUGUGGCAGGAGGUUCCGUGGCGGUUGAGCCAGAAGUCCCGCCUGUACCUUUGCCCACUGCCUCGUCCUUGCCUCGAAAGCUGCUACCAUGGGAGGAGGGUCCGGGACCCCCACCACCGCCCCUGCCGGGGCCCCUGUCCCAGCCUCAGGCCUCUGCCUUGGCCACGGUCAAAGCCAGCAUCAUCAGCGAACUCAGCUCGAAGCUCCAGCAGUUUGGUGGGUCCUCUGCUGCGGGAGGAGCUCUGCCUUGGGCUCGGGGAGGCAGCGGGGGCAGCACAGACAGCCACCACGGAGGAGCCAGUUACAUCCCAGAGAGGACCUCCUCCCUGCAGCGGCAGAGGAAUCGGACCUCUAAGAAGCACACUUUCAGCUCCAUGGUCACCAUAGCCCAAGAUGAAUGGCUACAUGUUUUUAUUUUGUUUUUGAUGGUCCUGGGGAUCAAACCUAGGGCUUCAGGCAUGCUAAACAAGUGCUCCACUAUUGAGCCAUGGCCCCAGCCCCUCACUGGGAGUCUAGUCAGGGGUUCUACCACCAAAUCACACCCUGACCUCUUACUGGGGGACUGUAGGCACGGGUUCAACCACUGAGCAAAGCUCCCAGCCUUCUUAUUAUGUUUUGAGUCAUUACCUAGUUAAGUUGCUUUGGCUGGCCUUAAACUCUGUUUAGAGUUCAAAAACCAAGUUUAGAUUUCUGAUCCUCGUGCCUCAACCUCCCCAGUAACUGGAAUGACAGACCUAUACAUCCCAAAGCCUAGACACAAAAUAUCAACAGCAAAACUGCAUUAACUAAAGGUGUCUGUGUGGCUCUUCACAGUGCCUACUUGUAAGGGAUUGAGGCAGAACUUGAGCCACUGCCGUCAACAUGAUGGAGGAGGGCAGGGCAUCUUUGGGGAACCCAGCUCCCUCUAGAUAGGAUGAUAUGGGCCCUGCUGUCACUCCCCAGAUACUUCUUCAUUGUGGUCUCUUUGAAGCCAUGACCCAUUCUCACAAUGGCUAGAAAGCAAUUCCAUCUUUAACUCAGAUGCACGGAGGAGAGCUUGAAAUGCUUCCUCUCCGUCUACAGUGCACUAUGAUUCUGUCCCCUGUAUCUAACAAUCCAGGGUGGAUUUAACAAGCU